CUGUCAAGCUCUCUCCCUGCCUCACGCUUCGCACCUCUCACUUCCCACUUUACAUUUUGAUAACUUUUUAAAGUAUUUUCUUGCAUUAAGUGCCCCCUCGGGACGGGGGGGACGGAGGGUAGGUCUGGUCUCCGGUACUGGGACAACUCUGGAGGGCCACGACACACAACCAACUCUCCCGCCCGCAUUCAUCUGUGUCCCCUUGGUGUGGGAGGGCUGGCGGCGCCGGGUGCCGUCCACUGCCCCAGGUCGCGUGACUCCCUCCCCUCUCUCUCUCUGUCUCUCUCUCUCCCUCUCUCUCCUCCAGGCCGCCUGCGUGUCCCACCGUAUAAGAGGCAGCUGGAUCCCAGCCACCAUAUUGAUUGUUGAGCGGCGGUCCAGAGCGGAGUACGGUGCGGCGGGGACCGCGAUAUCCGGACUGAAAUCGUGGUUUUCCCACUGUCUUUGUCUUUGGUACCAGGAAUGAGGGCCUAGAAAGUGACUGGGAUUAUGGAACUGAAAUGGAUAAGUGUGUGAGGUAAAAUGAUGAGAUAUAUUCCCAGAAGAGGCAGCGAGAUGUGCCCCUGGAAAUAACUUCGGGAGAGAUGAAAAUAUAUGAACGUGGAAGUGAGAAGAGACUAUGAACAGUGCCUGGAACACCCGCUAGUGACGUGCCUGGAACACCCGCCAGAGACGUGCCUGGAACACCCGCCAGAGACGUGCCUGGAACACCCGCUAGUGACGUGCCUGGAACACCCGCGAGAGACGUGCCUAGGAACACCCGCGAGAGACGUGCCUGGAACACCCGCGAGAGACGUGCCUGGAACACCCGCGAGAGACGUGCCUGGAACACCCGCGAGAGACGUGCCUGGAACACCCGCGAGAGACGUGCCUGGAACACCCGCCAGAGACGUGCCUGGAACACCCGCGAGAGACGUGCCUGGAACACCCGCGAGAGACGUGCCUGGAACACCCGGGAGUGACGCGCCUGGAACACCCGCGAGUGACGUACCUGGAACACCCGCGAGAGACGCGCCUGGAACACCCGCGAGUGACGUGCCUAGAACACCCGCAAGAGACGUGCCUGGAACAGCCGCGAGUGACGUGCCUGGAACACCCGCGAGUCACGUGCCUGGAACACCCGCGAGUCACGUGCCUGGAACACCCGGGAGUGACGCCUGGAACACCCGCGAGAGACGUACCUGGAACACCCGCGAGAGACGUGCCUGGAACACCCGCGAGAGACGUGCCUGGAACACCCGCGAGAGACGUGCCUGGAAACACCCGCGAGUGACGCCUGGAACACCCGCGAAAGACGUGUCUGGAACACCCGCGAGAGACGUGCCUGGAACACCCGCGAGAGACGUGCCUGGAACACCCGCGAGAGACGUGCCUGGAACACCCGCGAGGGACGUGCCUGGAACACACGCGAGAGACGCGCCUGGAACACCCGCGGGAGACGUGCCUGGAACACCCUCCUGAAAUCCUGCCUGUAACUUAAUCAUCACUGCCAUAAGAGCCUUUCAUACACCAGUAUUGUGUUGUAUCACUGUAUUAUUACACUGUAUUGUGUUGUAUCACCCCGCGAGGUGACCGCGCAGUGUUCGUGUAAGAGGCGUGGAUCAAGGGCUCAACAUUAGACGCUGAGAACCUCUUCAGCUGCGAAAGUGUCCCGUUAUUGUCGUUGUGAACACAGCCUUUAACAGGACAGAAAGUCUAAGGCGCUCCAAGUCUUAGUAAUUAUUGAGCGUCUCCUAUUGUUUAAAGCCACAGAGUAAUGUAGUCACAAUUAUGACUUUUAUGCGUCAGUAAAUUCACUUAAUUGAAGUAACGUUGCAAAUAAAGUUUGUUGUAUUUUUUUAAAUACAAUAAUUAUAAAAUUUUAACAUUUUAAAAUAUAAAAUAAUGGUAUGUGACCUAGCAGCAUGGUAACGCGUACCUAACUUACGUGUCAAGUUUAGUAACAUCUAACUAAAUACACAACGCUUGGUAACAAGUCUUUGUUAAUGAUUUAAUCAGCAGCUGUGCUAGAGAGCAGCUGUGUUGCCUUGUUAGACUGUUGGCAAAUGUCGUAGUUAGUUGUGGAGAACGUCUCUGGCACAGACCUGCUGCUCCUACAAGUGACCACUCACUCACUACCAUCAACUCCAGUAUAACCUGAAGCCUCUACCAAGUGCCGCCAUCAUGUAAAGCGUGCCUUGUCAGUGGGCGGCUCCGUCAAGUGGCACUCGAGCGAGGAGAGCAUUCAAGUGCCACAUUCAAGUAACCCUUCAAAGGAAAUAAGUACUGCAAGUAUCCCACGUAUAAUAUACAGGAAAAAUUUCCUUGGAAAAAUAAAAUACCCACCGGAUUUAACACCUAAAUCACCUAAACUUUUCAGUUUAGCUUAUAUAAAAAAAGUGCAGAAAUACCGCCUUGAAACAACAUUUUGGCGCGAGAAAACAUUCUUGUGUAAAGCCUUUAAACGAUGUUAGGAUUUUGUAAUGGAUGUAAGUAGUGCUUAGCAAAGAAAGGAUGAAAAACUUUUGAUGGUUAAGACCAAUAGAUUUCUAGUUUUAAGCCCGAGACGUGAGCGUGUGGUGGUGGUGUGGCUGGA